AUGGGAAUGAAAGAAAUGGAAAACGAGCUGAUGGAAAACGAGCCGGAAGGCUAUAGCUAUCUCUGGUUGGCAUCGGGCUCUCAUCUGGUUACGCCGCCAAACGUGUUUAUCCCAGAUUCUCCGGAUUCUCCAAUUUUGAGUCGGCAUUUUGAAAGCGUCUUUUGAUGCUUUUUGUGAGCUUCUCACAAAUUCAUUUUUCGAACUUCCAGUAAAAUAAAAUAAACUCAUUCAAAAAAAACAUUCAAAUUCACGGUGAAUAAAAAAUCUCAAAUAAUGAGUAAUUCUCAAAGUUCGUUUCGAACGUAAAAUGUUAGACCUGGAAAACAUUUCUAACAAUACAUUUUCCACUUUUUGUUUUAUUUUGACAGAAAUGAUAUUUUCAUUGAGCAGCUAAUCUCCAAAAAUCCGAAUUUUGCGGUGAAGAUAAAUGCGAAAACUUCUUUUUUUGGAAGAUUAACGUUUAACACAGGUCUAAGGUAUACAUCUAACUAAUACCAAGCAACUUUCAUUUUUUUUUCUCAAAAUCAAAAAAAGUUUCUCAGAUAAUCACUGCGCGAAUUUUUAUUCAGACUUUCAAAGAGUCAGUAAAAAAUUGAACUCACUCUGUAAAGACUUCUUGCCAAAAAAUCCCUUGCGAGCAAAAAAGGCAUUCUAUAAAUAAAAAAAAAUUUUCGCCUCAAUGGCUCUGAUUCGCAGUUAUCGACCAAAUGUACUUCAAUUUCAUUCAGCGCCCAAGAGGAGGCAAAUCAACUCGGAAAAGGAAGGCACAAGUUUCCGGCUAGCAAAGGCGGAGUGUAUACGAGCGCGACUGGCGUCGCCGCAUUUUUUCGUUUCUGCUGAGGCCAGUCCGAGAAAAGCUGGCCGAACCUGAUCACCUCCUUCUUAUCGUUUUUUAGUAAUUGGCUUAAAAUGCCUUCCGUGAGCUCCUAACCAAAUAACUUACCUUUAUAGUUCAUUUAUCGCUAACUUGCAAAAAAUUUAAUAGGCGUCUCGACGCGAUUUCCAGAAAGCUGCACAAAAAAUGUACUUGACCCACUUUUUGUAUUCUUUUUGCAAAGCAGCGAUGAAUGGAGUAUAUCCGUUUUAAAUGGUUCACGUAUUAUUCUGGGUCCAACUUUCACGCAACUGUUUUUCUUAAAAGCUUUUCUGUUCUCGCUAAAGUUGCCCGAAACUUACCUGAUUCAUCCAACCAUUUUUUCGAAAAUGUCUUUAGCAUUUUUUCAGAAAAAGCUGGAGUCGUUGGUUAAAAUUGAUCCGUAUGCCGGACGAAUUCGCUUUGCAAAUCCUCGAAGCACAUAAUUCCAGGAGGAAAACGGUUAGUGGAGUUGUUUUUUAGCUUGAAGAUAAAUUUUUUUCGAACUUCUUUCGUCUUUUUUUGCGAAAAGAAAAUGAAAAACAGUUGUUCCAAAAAUAAAAUUGGCAAAAUUUUGUCUCUUGAUAACACAAAGACGAGAAAAGAUUGAACAACCGCCACGCUUCCAAGAAGAUUAAUGGGAUUUAUCGAAGGCCAAGAUCUGCUCGUGGUUCAGGUUUCAUGAUUUUUCCAAGUGAGACCUGCCAAUCGUGCUCAUAAUGUUUGAUAUUAGAAGCAAAAAAAAACGAAACUUUUUUUUUUCAAGAUAAAAAGGGUUCGAAGAGCAUGUUAAGAUAAACUUUCCACAUAUUCUAUCUCAUAAGGGGGUGGGUGGAAAUAUAAAACGGACUUCGAAAAGUUGUAUCAGGUUCGAAAGUUUUUCGAAAAAAUUUUAUAGGAUAUUUAAAAAUUUGGUGUCACUGAUAGCCUCAAGCAGAUUUUGUAUGAUUCAAAACGUUUGACACAAAAUUUUUUUUAACAACUUUUUAAUCACGACUUGUUUACCAAAACAAAAUUUUAUGAGCACUGAAGAGGCGGCCGUUUUCUGGAUCGUUCUGAAGCCGGAAAUAUUUCACACACUCGUGUUGCUCAACGUGGACUUUAUAAACGAGCUUAGAUACAUUAUUUAAGAUGUAAAACGGGUCGUAACGUAGAAGAUAAGCUAGGGGAGACUUUUUCGUUCAAAUAUGGGAAUUAUGAAAAAAGUACGAAAAAGAAAACAAAUAUGGAAAAUUAGAAGAAAUUUGGCAUUCACCCAGCAUUCAGAAUAGACGGGAACGGCUUUAAUUGCUUUUAAAGCACAUAAUUGACUAAAUCGCAUAUUUGUUCAAGAAGGAAUCUUUCUGAACGGUUAUGCCUACUUUUCUGGAUUUUCGAGAGCCACGAGCAGGUUUAAAAGCCUUUUGGUAAUCAGAUAUCUUUUUAAUGUAUAAUAACUCGUCAACGAAGAACACUUUAUUCAGUUCAAAAAUCAAGUGCCUGAGCUAAUAGUGCUUUACUCAAAACAGCUUGAUGAUUUUUUUCGCUCAAAAGAAUAUUGCCAAAACUUUUAUACAAGAGUUCUAAAGACUUUGGUUGAUUUUGAUAACAUAAUGCACUAUCUCCUUUUAGAUUCUUAUGUUAGUCUAUUAAAAAAUUGCACAUUUCCGAAUCCGCGAACAGGAAGCCAAGUACUGCUUGGUUCGAAGAACACCAUUUCACGAUUACACAAGAUUAAAAACUCGUUCUCGGGACAUGUUUAAUAGAACCUCUAUUGAGAAAACAAACAGAAGAAAACCGAAUUUUGAUUCUUAACUCAAAAAGUUCCAAAACUCUGAAAAUUCGGUACAUAAUUCCACUCACCCCUGAAUAUAUUCACUAUUAUAAUCAUAACUUUCCAAUUUUUUUCAGCACAACGCACCUUUUUCUUCGGUAUAGCGAUGAGCUCGAAGAAAUGGCACAGGCUUGGGCAGAAAAAUUAGCACGACAAGUAAUUUUUCCUCAAGUCAUUACAAAUCGAAAAUUUUUUUUAGUAAAACAAGCUUUGAAAAUAUGAACGCGUUGCGCUAAGAAGACAACACCUAUCCGCUUUUUGAGAAUUGAUUUAUUCAUUUUUUUUUAUUUUGGUUGAGCAAAAAACAUUCAACAAUAUUCAGCAAUUUGAAGCUGCCAGAACUCGGAGAAAAGCGGAAAUCGCUUUUUUUUCUCAAUUCGUGGCAUUGGAAAGAAAAAUAUCGCCAAGCUUUCAAACUGCGAUUUCUCGCUCUUUUUUUUGUAAUCUCUUGAAUUUAUCUACAAUUUUUAGGCACACAUCUCCUACAGCGAAUUGAGCGGUGUAGGAGAAAACAUCACAUUUUUUCCCAGUGAUGUUGAUGCCGAUUCAGGUGUGAUCAUUCAAUCUAAUUUAUCGAUAAAUUGUUUUAGUAGUAGAGCACUGGUACGUGGAACAUGAAAAAGUACGAGUACGAAACCCCGGGAUGGCAGUGCGGGACCAAUUAUUUUACUCAAAUCGUUUGGAAAUCUACGGAAGAAGUGAUUUUUUUUAGUUAUUUUUUUCAAUUUUUUUCGAAUGAACCAACUUAAAUAUGUAUGUCGACAUCUGUUUUGAAAAAAAAAACGGUAACUUAUACUAUUUUAAGAUCGGCAUAGGCCGAGCAGUCGUUGGAGCUUCUGAUUCCGAUGGAGACAGUUCUCUUGAAAACUCCACUCCAGAGUGAGUUCUGAUCUAUUUUUUUCCAAUAUUAUCGGUGUACAGUAUUUUAGGAUAUUUUAACAGUUUCUGAUUAUUGCAAAAACAUUUUGAGACACUUAGCACGCUGUCUCUGUAAUUCUGAUAAACAAAAAGUACAAUAGAAAAAAUAUUUUUGAUUUGAUGACACUCCACUUACUGAGAUAGCCUGCUUUCAGAAAUGUCAUCAAAAAUUUUCAGACCGAUUGCACCUGCCUACCGUAGCUCGGUAGCUAGGUUACGGCAGGCAGGUCCUUUUGUAUGUAUGCGUUCUUUCUGCAUACUGUAUAUCAAUCGAUAGGAAAUGCAGUUUUAAGAAUUUUUUCAGUACAUGCCAUUAUGGGUUAAUGUGGAAAAUUUUUGAGUUUCGGUGACUUUCUGCGAUUUCGGUUUUUCCGUCACUCUUUGGGUUAGGGGGAAGACCACGGCCGGUACCUUACUUAGAACAUUCUUCUCAGCUAUACCUACGAAUAGAUACAACUUUGAAAAAGAUCUGACCUACCUGUCCUUUUGGAAAAUCGCAUCAAAGAGGCCCAACUUGGCAUCUGACGGAGAGAUCGCCUACGGUUAGAGAUUUUUACGUAAUUUUUUUCGUCAGAUCUCUUACUGAAAUGUGUUACAUUUGAUAGUGCAGAGUUGUACUUUCCUCCGACUUUUAGCAUACCCGCCUAGCUCUAAAUUCAACUUGAGGCCGAUUUUGGCCUAAAAACAGCGAUUUUCCGAUUUCAACAUUGUUUUCUGAGCUCAGUCCUACUGAGGCUGUGUCUUUCAUUACUUUUACAUGUUGCAUGCAAUGUUCAAUCAAAAAAAAACAGCUUUCGAGCCUACCCGUUAAGCUCUAAAUUCAGUUUGAAGGAAAUGAUGGCCUAUUCUUGCUGUGGAUUUUCAUCAAAUCAAAAAUAUUUUUUUUCUACUGUACUUACUUUUUUUGAAAACUUUUGAAGAGUACAGAGACAGCGUGUUAAGAAGCCUAGAAUUUUAUGAUUCAUUUCAGCAUUAACAAGAAAAAUUCUAUUAACUCUAAACUUCGAGAUUCUCUAAAAAUUACAACAAUCAAAAAAAGUAAUAUUUCUUCAAAUAUUCUUUUUCUAGAUAUCAAUUUUUUUAUUUUUCUCACGGUUUUCAUCAAAGCCUAAUUUCUGUCCUGCAGGUUUCUCAACUUCUUUUCAUUUUUUAGGUCAUCACUCUGAGAAGUUCAAGUUACCGCUAAAAAAAUUUAUCCUUCCUGUCGUGUUUUCAAAAAAAGGAUUUUUCUUAAUCUGUAAUCAAAAAAACUUAACUCUCAUUUGGAAAUUUUUUUAAAAAAAUAUCUCUGAAGCUGGUGGUAUAAAAACAUCCUCUAGUUAUGAUCCUGUACAAAACAAUUAUUUUUGAGACAGCAAAGCUCAGAAUGACACACUUAUCAGGUUUUGAGUUUCCCUUUUUUAAAGGGUUUUUUUUUGGAAUAAAAAUUUGUACACUAUUCUUAACACCAAAAAGUGAUCUGAACUUUUUGAACGUGAGGUAAAUGGACCUUUCAUGCAACAUUUUAAUGCGAUUGUCUAUGGGUUUUUUCGGUUUCAUCUAAAUCUUUUACAGUUCUAGAAAAUUGGCGGCGGAUGGCGAUCAAGUGGUUGUUGCUUUCUACCGUCCUUCAGGCAACAACAACCGAGCCGGACAAUUUGCUGUCAACGUUUUGAAGCCAUCCUGUCCAACGAAAUCCCAUUUUUAG